AUGCUCGAGGUGUUUCAAUAUCUCCUGCCACCAGUCGAUGUCAGGAUGAUCGAGAAGGCUCUUCAUGUUCCGUGCCCGGCAAUCUCGGAGACGAGCCACCACUGCAACCCGAAGCUGUCGUCGCAGUGGAAUUCUGACGAUAGUGGGACAUUCAUCUUGGUUGUGAGCUACUUUGACAUGGUGCCGGCGGUCGAGGAAAGUCAGACGUGUUCCAUUUGGAACCCGAAGUUCCGGCUGAACAUCUGUAGUGGUUUUCACUCAGUGCUUGGUGAUUUCUGGAAGACCAAGGGGGCUGCCCAGGCACGCUCGCUCAAUGGUGACUAG